AACCAGCUGACAUCCGGCGUCUUCCCGUCCAUUAGCCACCGAUACCCACAGUCAACGAUAUCCGUCUACACUCGAUAUUUUCCCACGAAAAUCGCACCCCGCUGAUUCGUCAACUCAACUGAAUGCAAAAUUCCAUCAUAUUCAUCCGAUGCAGGGCUCUGGGUCGGUCUCCAGCAGCUGAACCAUACCAGUCCUGUCCUCUCUGUUCCGCGUCCACGGCCUUCCUCUUCCCUGAGCCAUGACCACCCAGAGGGAUCUUGAUAUGGUGCACCUCCGCCUUAUCCUGGUCAGUGGGAAAACGCAAGACUUCACUUUCUCCCCAAAUGACUCGGCCACAGACAUCGCCAAGCAUGUGUUUGAGAACUGGCCUGCAGGAUGGGAGGAGGAGAGGGUGAGCAGCCCAAGUAUAUUGCGCCUCAUCUUCCAGGGACGCUUCCUUCAUGGCAAUGUUACCCUGGGAGCUCUAAAACUGCCACCGGGCCGAACGACCGUCAUGCACUUGGUUGCCAGAGAGACUCUUCCAGAGCCCAACUCUCAUGGUCAGAGGAACAGAGAAAAAACCACAGAGAGCAACUGCUGUCUUCUCUUGUAAAGCAACAGAAACUGCCCCCUCCCUUCUAUCCAGACCUCACACACAAUACACACACAUACACAUGCACAUACAUACAAACUUGCAUUCACCCUGCUCUCUCCUGCCUGUCGUCCCAUGAGCUGUGAAUUUGGAAUAUAUCACAGGAAGUCUGGUUGGGGGCUGUUACCUGCUUUGGUUGAACUCUUGUCCAAUCUGAGGCUUUUUUUGUGCCAAUAUACUCACUUUUUGCCCCCAAACUUUUACUUUAUUGGCAGAAUUUGCUUUUGUUACUCCUUUUUAUUUGAAGGCCAUGACAUUAAACAAUACCUUCACUGCUGGACAAGUUUUUCAGAGCUGUCAUACGUAGUGAAAAUGACCCAGGAACUCAUCUCUCUUCAUGGACACAGAAGUGCUAUAAAGGAUGUGUGGGCUUUAACCCUUCCCUACUAGUCAAAUGGAUGUUUCCCCAGGUCUUACUCAAUGGUGUUAACCCUCUCAUUGCACUUAACCAGUUUGUUAAUACAGAAGUGUUUAUUGUGUCAUCCUCUCCUCCCUCAUGAUAUUUUUCUUUGAUGGACAGACCUUAAUUCCCCACGUGGUAGAAAACGUGCCAUCCUCCUCAUAGACUGUUUCUGCCUCUUAUUAACUGAACCGUUCGGUCUGUAUCAGCACCAGUGGCGCUUGUGCCAUUACCUACAUCCUGUUUGUUCCUGGCAAUGGACCAAUGGAGAAAAGACUUUAAUCAGGAAGAGCUGGGUAAACACCUGAGGGACGUAAAGGUCCACGAGAAACAGGAACAGACUCCCAGCGAGGCUCGCAAAGACCGAGGGUAGAGGAUUUGCUCGUGUGCCAUCAAGUGUCAUGUUUGCACUUGUGGCAGUGACUUUAUUGACUAGACUGUCAACGUUCCCUCGUAGCGGGAGCCGACAUGGCGGGCCAGUUAAACGCAGACAGAAGAAGAUGGUUGAAGAUGGGAGGGAGGCGUGCGGUCGGUGUGAGACCCUCCUCUACUGGACACUGAAAAUGAGGCAGGGGGAGAGAAAUCUCCCACUCGGAUGAAGAGUCAAAAGGAAAAUUUUGGCGGUGUUUGACCUCCUUUUCAUUUGGAUGCUGUCUUUACUUCUUGUUUGCCUUUUAUCGUGGAAUUCAGUAAUAUCAUUAAUAUUGAAAUUUAAAUAUAUCAAUUUUUAUCUUGUGUAUAGGUAUUUGUUGAAUUUUAGUGUGGGUGAGUUUGUGUGCGAGUGUGUCUGAGGGUGUGUGAUGCACGUGGCAUACUGUUUGAAGACUAGUGAGGGCAUGUGGUCUUAAAAAAAAAAAAGGUGGCGCACUUGGAGUGUUGAUGGGCUGCGGUUUCUUCAGAAA